UGAUUGGUACACACUAACUGAAUUAAUUGUGCUCUAAGUUUCAGGGGCAUUGCACUUUCGUUCGAUCUGUAACAAAAUAAAAGUGUAUGAACCCAAUAAGGAAGUUAAAUUCAAGAUAAAUUCUGGGAUGAUUCAGAUAAAGUAAACAUAAUUGUCCAAUUAUAUUGAGCAGCUCUUCAAUGAAUACAGCAUUAUUAACAUUCCUUGAGGGAUAUAUUUAUAUUGUUAAGAAUUAUUCCAAUCAUUAAGAUGUCUCCUAAGUUAUGGAUAGUGAUAGUGGCUGUGUUCUACAUCAAGCUGACUAUAUGCUGUGAGAGUUUAUCGGAAUGUCCUCCGACUUGUUUUUGCUGUCACCAGGGAUUGAAGCUGAAUAUGACUUGCCUACCAGGAACAGUUCAAACUAUGGAUUGGGUCGUCAGUAAAGAUAUACUUGUAGAAAUAUAUUGGACAUUUUCUGGACUCAUAUCGAUCCCUGGAAAUUUGAGUGAAUUUGAAUACUUAACCGAUGUAGUGUUUGCAUUCAAUGCAAUUCAGACUAUACCAGUAGGGAUAUUUCAAGGAGCUGAGAAACUGGAGAAUCUCAUCUUGAGGAAUAACAACAUAACGAGACUUGAACAUGGGUGUUUCAGUGGUCUUGUGGAACUUGAAGUUCUGGACUUAAGUAACAAUUUGAUAUCUUACCUGUACAUGCAGCCUGGGGUGUUCACUCGUAGUCAACUGCCAAAACUUCAACAUAUACUUCUACAGAACAACUAUCUUGCAGUAUUUGAACCUUGUCCCUUGUUGAUGCCCUUACUUCAAUCUGUUAAUUUCUCAAGCAAUAAUAUUGCAGAAUUCUCAAAUGAGAUGAACUUUUCAAUCCUACAUCUAAGAGGAGCACCACCGGGGGCAGUUUUCAUAGAUUUUCAACAUAACCAAUUCAAGUCUAUCAAUGUUAGAAUGUUUGUACAAUAUGGCAUACAGGAAAUAGACCAGUUAUGGCACUUUUGGUCAUACUCGUUUGACUAUCGCAACAAUCCCUUUCACUGUGAUUGUCAGAUUUACAAAAUAGCUCGAUUUGGCCGUG